AUGCCUCCAAAGAAGAAAUGUACCGGCAAGGCCAGGAAGGCAGAGCUGGUAUUCCUUGAGAGGCCGCGAGAGGGACCUAUCCAUUCCUACGAAUCUCCACUACCUUUGGCUGAGAAUCCAAGACGAGUUCCUACUAAACCUGUAGACCAAAGCACCUCUCCUGCCUGGGUGUGCCCACAUUUUGAAACAUCUGAGCUAGUAAGCUUGAAAGGAUGUCAGAAGAAGCACUGUGGUCCUCACAAAGACCAGAAUCAGGAUGCCAGCCAUGGUUUGCUUCACCCAGGAGGUGCUUGCCGAAAAGCUAUAACCUGCAAGUUUCCUCCUUUAGCUUUUGAGACUUCAGAAGGGCAUGCAGUCCACUCCUCAGAUUGUCUGGAUCACUCAAGGAAGAACACAAAACUCUCUCAUAGGCAGUCCAAAAAAAGGAAAGCAGCAAAAGCCAACAUCCAAGAGGAUAGUCCUAAAAACUAUAGAGAAAUAUCUUCAUUACCUGUUGCUCAGCAUGUAGAACCAGAAGUCUCUAGUUCCCCAGAUAUACAGACUCCAAAUCUGCCUUCUGUAAGGAAGUGGAGAUGCAACAGCACUUUGCCACAAAUGGAUAGCCACAAAUGGCUUCCACAUAAUACUUUGACACCCAGUAUCGAUCCCCCUGGGAGGGAGGACUCAGCAACAGUACUUGUUACUGAUACUCCAGAGCAUGAGUAUGGAGUAAGGGUAACCUGGAGACGGCGGCCUCAUAUAAUGAAAUACCUGAGGGAGAGAGGAAGGCUGAAUGCUGGUGACGUAUUUGUGAGGAUGAAUCAGUUCUGA